UAUGUGUCUGAAGUGCUUCCGUUUCCUGCAUUGCUAGCAGACGCGCACCUGCUGAAACGUGUACAGUUUUUUAGCUAUAAAUAUGGAUCCCAUUAAAGAACUCGGAGAAAGACUGCGUGAAGCAGCAUGUAUUGGUGACAUAGACACUAUACAAAAUUUAAUCGAAUCCCAAAGAAUUGAUAUCAACAAUGCAAAUAGCAUGAAUGGUUGGACUGCCCUGCAUUGGGGAGCCAAGAGAAACCAUGUGUCUGUUGUGAAGUAUCUAAUGGAUCAUGGUGCAGACCACACUAUCCGAACCAAUGAAGGACAAAUCGCAGAAAAUCUUACUAACAACCAGGACAUCAGACUGUUGCUUGGCGCUUCAGGAGAUGUGCCACAGAGUCAGUCUAACCUGCCCAUCACUCCCAGUUAUCUACAAAACCCACCCUUUCCACACAGCAAGAGCAGGAGUGUGGAUUCCAACCACACCCUCAUGGCCAGCACUCCAGUUGUCACUAACCAUGCAGGACAGGGAGACAAUGAGCUGGUCUUUAAGGCUCGCUUGGCCAAUUCUGAUGACAGAGACUUUAUUGAAGUAGAGCUGGACAAGAAUAUGCUGACAUAUGAGGCACUACUAAAUUUGUUGUGUGCUGAGCUUGGUGUGGAAAGAAGACUUGUACACAAGAUCCGCAAGUUGCCCGACACCGUUGUUCGAAAAGAUAAAGAUGUCCGUCGUCUUGUUGAUUUCCAAGCCUUGGAACUUGUCCUCACAAACAAGGCUGUAAGUGCAUCGUCCCGAAACUAUGGAUAUUCAGGAAGUCCAGGCAUCAGAUCAGAACAAAUUUUGUACUGAUUUGUGAGAUUUGUUUUUACAUCUAAAAAUGUACAGAAGAAUUGUUUACAAAACAUUUACACCACUUUUGAGGUGUAUAAGGGUUUUUCAUCCCUAAUAGCCUUUGUCACGAAUGCGUAUCAGUGAGUUUUAUCAGUUAUAUGCACUACUAGUUUUGCUUCAAGUAGCUGUUAUUCCUCUCAUGCUGAAUAGAUAUGCAGUCUGAGCCAAACUCUUCAGACUGAACUAAUCUAUGGGUGACUUUUGUAAUUGUUUUAACUGUUACUAUGUGGGCUAUCAUGUGCUGAGCUUUCAAUACGGAAAAAAAUAACUCAGGCUUCAGACAACUGGCUCAAGUUGGAAACUGAAUAUGGGGCAAGAAUGGUGUAGACCACAAAUUAAAGAAGAAACUAUUGGACCUUUAGCUAGGAUAUGUUUGAAACUGAGAAUAGUCAAAUUUACUCCUCUUGUUAAAUGGGAAUAGGAAAUGUGAUACUGUCUCAUUUAUGAAGCACAUCUGUUUCUAGAUUGGGGCGGUCGGGUAGCCUAGUGGUUAAAGCGUUCGCUCGUCACGCCGAAGACCCGGGUUCGAUUCCCGACAUGGGUACAAUGUGUGAAGCCCAUUUCUGGUGUCCCCCGCCGUGAUAUUGCUGGAAUAUUGCUAAAAGCGGCGUAAAACCAUACUCACUCACUCACUGUUUCUAGAUUAUUGAAACAAUUAAUAAUGCCAUUUAUUUAAUAGUCAUCUCCUCAGUAGUGGUUAAUAUUAUAAGAAUGUUGACUGAUGCUAUUAUCAAAGUGCUGAAAAUAGUACUGGCAUGUGUUUUCACAGAAAAGAGGGUUCUUUGUAGCUAAUUCGAAAAGGUCAUGUUAGAAAUAUUGUUGUUUUUAAAUGAUUGUCUUUCAAAUGUACCUUUGUCAUCAAUUCUUUAUAUUAACUGUUGUACAAGUUUAUUGCUAAUUUUACAGCUUAUCACUUUUCACAAACGAGUUCUGUUUGUAUCUGGCUGACUUUUAAUGUGUUCAAUUCAUGUUUGUUUUUGCAUUGUUUGACAAUAUACUUGUAAAACUAAUCAAGGUUUAGAAUUUUUGCAAUCUAUUCCACUUUUGUAUCAGACUUACAGCAUUCUCAAAGUGAAACCAACACAGAAAAUGGUUUAUUUGUCUGUUAUUUUGCCAAGGGUCAGAGUGCUGAACCCUGCCAAGUCAGUCAAUCUCAUUAAAAUGAGGUCUUUUACACCAAGUUUAUGCAUCUAAUACUAAUACAUGUCUAAUUGCAGAAAAUUAAACUCAAAUUUUAGUAUCUUGGAUUUGUAAAGGAUAGCUCUCUUGUAGAUUUUGUUUCUUUUGUACUGGAGAUAUCAAACAGACACACAAGAUGCAUCACAUGAUAGGGACACACUUUGAGGCUGAUUUCAGUUGCAACAAGCAAAUAUGAACAGAGUUAUAUCAGAAAUGAAAGAGAAAAAAUUAAUUCAUAUUAAUGUAUUGUUAUCAAAAUGUUUUCAUGAGAAUAAUUACAUAACAGCAUAGGCAUACUGGGUCUUCUAUAUGGUAGCAAACAGUGUUUUGUAAGCUGAUUUACUUUGCAUGGGACACUUUACACUUUGUUACACUUUGUUAAUCAGCUGAAUUUCCAUACACCACUGAGUUUAUAGUAUUUAUGAACAUAUUUCUUUUCAUUUGAAGAAUAUCUUCAUGGUGUUGUUUUUAUUGAUAAACUGCAUCCCAGUUUUACCUAUUAUUUUUUUUAUUUGAUGUCUGCACUGAUCAUACAAAACUGGCAGCCAUGACUAGUCACUGGCACCAAUGCUGUGAUGAAUGACUCACGUCCUCAUAUUACAAUGACUACUUAAUUUACAGUCCUAUUUUGGAUCCUGUUCACAUGAGUUGUCACACAGCGGUGUCAAACCUUGACCAUGUUAAGUAAAAUUGUGUUUUAUGUUAUAUGUCUGACAUGUGUAUUGUAUAUCUAACACAUUUGAAGUCAAAGUUAGAUGUCAUUAUAUUGUGUCAUGUAAAGAGGUAUUUUAGUUGUAUUCUGUUAAAAUGUGUGUUGUUGGUUUUGGGCAAAAUGUAUGCAUGUCUUUCUUCCCACCCCUGAUGCUUCCAUGAGCUUUGAUCAAACCCUGUGAUGUGAUCUAGACCGAUUACAAGUAAUUUUGUGGUUCUAAUUGUGGUUCUUUAUUUAAAAAAGUGUAUAUAGUAGGCUUUUUUAAACAAAAACAAAUGCAACCUGUUAAGGACCUGCUGUAAAGUUAGUAGUACUUGACGUAUAUUUUCAUGAACCAAGUAUUUUAUUUAAUCAUUGAAAAUGUAUAUGGGUCAGAACAUAAUAUUUGUGUUGGUUCAAUAACUGGAAGCAUGUCUCUUUUCCAACGCCUCACAGCCCACACUCUAGUAAUUUCUUUACUGCAUGGGGAGAGGGGCUCUGUUUGCCUAUUGGUCUAAGGAUGUGUGCAGAAUUAUGUCCCUUUACCAUGACAGGAUCUUCUGGUUGUAGAUAUGAAUCCCAGAUUCAUACUCUUAGCAUCCUUAGGUCUGUCAGUACCAUUCCUAUGCUCCUUUUUUCCCCUGUGAUCUGCGUCACAAUGGGCUUUAUUACUCACUCAUACAGGCCAACUGCUUAAUAACAAUACACCGUUAUUAAACAGUGUUUAAUAACAUCAUGUGUAGACAGGAUUAUUUUGGUCAUCAGCUGGUCAUUUGAAUGGGUAGCUCUGUGCAGCUGUACUCUGCAACAUCGACUCUACUCCUAGAUGGAUAGACCUGUGAAGAUCCGGGUUAGAAUAGGUCUUCAGCAACCUAUGCUGGCUGUAAGAGGUGACUAUGCUUGUCGUAAAAGGCAACCUGCAGCAUCGGGUGACCAGGCUCGUCGACUUGGUUGAUGUAUGUCAGCGUAUUCCAAUUGCUUGGAUCGGUGCUCAUGAUGUCAAGCUAGACUUUAAAGCUAGAUUUUCUGUUGAAUGCAGAUUUUGGUGCAGAACUUGGUUAUGUUUGUGUAUAUAAUUCAAUUAUGAACAUAAAUUUAAAAUUGCUAUUUUAUCGUUUCCCAUAUUAGAAAGCUGCACACUUUAUAGCCAGGUCAAUCCUUGAGAGAACAGUCUAUGGUUGAAUUAUCAGUUACAAAUGUUGUAUUCCUACGCCACCCUUAUACCACCAGCUAUUUUCAAUAAUUUUCAUAAUAACACUCAUCCUUGUUUUUAUUACGAGUGUAUUUCAAAAUGUGACUCACUUUCCCUCGUUAGAAACAUUUGUAUAUACACUUCUAAUAAACACAAUAUCUAACAGGGACUUGUUUAGUAAUCUAUAUUCCUUCCCAAAUUCUGCAUUGUGCUGCUAUAAUUGAAGUAUAAUAGCUACCCAGUAAGCAACAUUCAUCCAAACCUGCUUCUUCAUUGGUCACAUGUCCAUGGAAUAUAAGAUGAGUAUAUUUUUAUCAAAUUACCAUGUAUAGAAUAAAAGAAUAAUCCUUUCCAAAAGAUCACCACCAAGUUCCUACGGUUGUUUAGUGAUGUAAAUAACUUUAGGAUUCCCGGGUGACAUUGUGAGUAUGGAUAGGCAGGAUACCUCGAUGGCAUCAGCUCUCCCUGGCUAUCAUUGCCUACUCCCACUGCCGACCCCUAGUGUCUGUACCAUGUCCAAUGACACAACAAGGCUGCUCAAUGGCAUCACUGGUAACAGUGGGGUAUGCACACUCACACUCACAACUGUAUUUCAGACACACUGAGUGUUAACCUGUAUCAGUCCAUCCAUGAGUUUUUGUUAGCUCACCUGACUUGAAAGUCAAGUGAGCGUAUGUCAUUGUGCGUCUUUCUUCAUCUGGUUGUCCGUUAUGGUCGCCCUUCCAUUGUUCACUUUUACAUUUUUGACAUCUCUGAAACUGAAAGGUUGAUGGAGCUGAAACUUUGUAUGAAUGAUCCUACCUAUGGGGUUUCUAAAACAUGCUCACAGUAUUCCAGUGUAAUUUUCAGCAUGGCAUCCGAUAUUUCUUCAUGAAUGUAUUUUGCACAUCUUAUAUGUGUAGUGUUCAACACUUUUUUUAAAUCCUGGAUCUGCCUCUCGAUAUUUGUGUUCUUGGAUUAAAAUCACUUUUUUUGUGGCUUAAAAUUCUUGUCAUGGAGGUAGUAUUUCAUGUUUUGCCAAUAUUGAAGUCAGAUUGUGGAGACUUCAGUUUAUGUCAAAGCAGUUUCUCUUACAUUUCUUGUUCGAUGUAAGGGGUGCUUAUAUCCUUCUGGUAGUGCAAAAAGAAAUGAUGGAAAAACUGCUUUGGCAAUAUAACAGUACCUUCAUGUUCUUGGCCCCUUACUUUGUAUUUUUGUCAUGACUUUGUUUUAGUAUUUCACGAGUGGUUAUUGUGAUGAGCAGCAUAAUAGUCAUGUUUACAUAUCUCAGGUUUUGCAUAAUGUUAUGCUUCUAUGAAAAUUGUUAGGAUUCUGUUAUUUUACUGCUUUGCUCCAUUAUUACUUGCACCAGCAUAGGUGAAACCCUGUUAGACUGGACACCCUGCUAUCCAACACAAUUUGUGUUGGGGAUAUAUAGACUAAGAGACAUUACUUUGUACCCAGCUUUUUUAUCCCCCGCCCCAACAAAGUUCGCGGGGGAUAUAGAAAUGGGUUCCUUCCGUCUCUCCGUGUGUGUGUGUGUGUGUGUGUGUGUGUGUGUGUGUGCGUGUGCGUGUGCGUG